AUGGCGCAGCACUGUCGUAACAAAGCUCAGCAGGUCCUGCGAUGCGCCUUCCUCGGGUGGAUGGCGCUUCUCAUCUGCUUUGCCACCCGCACCGCAGGCCAAGUCUCGGAUGCUGAAUCCGGUAUUUCUGGGCCGAGACGUCUGCCAUCACCUGCACCAAUUCCCGCGGACAGAAGCGGCUGGCACGACAUUCGACUGCGUGACCGAGAGCUUGCACAGCGCCUCGCAGCCGAAAGGCGCAGCGCAGGAUUCGAGACCGGUGGCCUUCUCCAGCAUCGCAUCUUGGAGCCUGUCUACGGCCAGAACCUGCCAGCCAUCGCUGAAAAGGCGCACAAGUACUUCCACGAGCCUGGUGUCAAGUUUUCGGUGGAUCGAGUCAAGCCCAACAUGUACUACCUGAUGACACCUGCUCCUGUCAACAAGGAGUGGUUCAGGCUCAUGCAGAUCGAGUACACGCCAGAGGCCAUGAAGAGGCCUCCGAUGCUGGUCUACCAAAUGUUCCGCGACACCGAAAGGGACGGAUUUCAGUACCGACUGCUGGGUGUCGAGCGCGUGCAGGACAAGACCGAUCCGUUCUACUUCCUCCGCGGCUGGAUGGGAAGCAGCGGCGUCCAUCCCCUGGAGGAUAUUACCAAGGAACUGCGUCAGCUGCACUGA